AGCGCAGCAAGAAGCUCAGUCUCGGCCCCGGAACUUUUGCAGCAAUCAUGACCGUUGGUAUGGGCGUGAACGGCUUCGGGCGCAUCGGGCGCCUAGUGUUCAGGGCUGCGGUGGGGAACACGGACGCGGAGGUGAAGGCCAUCAACGACCCCUUCAUGGACUUGAAGUACAUGGUGUACCAGCUGAAGUACGACUCGGUCCACGGCCGGUUCCAAGGCACCAUCGCCUGCAAGGAGGACGGCGGCAAGGAGUUCCUGGUUGUGAAUGGUAAGGACAUCGCAGUUUUCCAUGAGAAGGACCCUGCCUCCAUCCCCUGGGGCACUGUGGGCGCCGACUACGUCUGCGAGUCCACAGGUAUCUUCACCACAAAGGAGAAGGCGGAGCUGCACAUCAAGGGCGGGGCCAAGAAGGUCAUCAUCUCUGCGCCUCCCAAGGACUCGGUGCCCAUGUACGUGAUGGGUGUGAACCACAGCGAGUACAAGCCCACGGAUUUGGUGGUGUCCAACGCCUCCUGCACCACCAACUGCCUGGCGCCGCUCACCAAGGUGGUGCACGAGAAGUUCGGCAUCAUUGAGGGUCUCAUGACCACUGUCCACGCGACCACUGCAACCCAGCUCACCGUGGACGGCCCCUCUCGCGGCGGCAAGGACUGGCGCGGCGGCCGCUGCGCCUCGCAAAACAUCAUCCCGUCCUCCACUGGCGCGGCCAAGGCGGUGGGCAAAGUGAUCCCGGCCAUGAACGGCAAGCUGACUGGCAUGGCCUUCCGCAUCCCCACGCCGGACGUGUCGGUGGUGGACCUCACCUGCCGCAUCGAGAAGGCCGCGAAGUACGAGGAGAUCGUGGCCGCCAUCAAGGAAGCCGCUGAGGGCCCCAUGAAGGGUGUGCUGGACUGGACCGACGACGAGGUGGUCUCCACGGACUUUGUGUCCUACAAGGCCUCGUCCAUCUUCGACGUCCAGGCCGGCAUCUCCCUGAACGACAACUUUGUGAAGCUGGUCAGCUGGUACGACAACGAGUGGGGCUACUCCAACCGCCUGGUGGAGCUGGCAGUCCACAUGAAGAAGGUGGACGGAUGAGGCGAUGUGGGGCUACACGAAGCCCGGAUCGUGAGCUCAUAGAUUUCACCGGCACAACGCCGAGUUUUGCAGACCGCCGUCCUGAGAACACGGGCCACGUCGGCAUUUUUGAGUCGCC